AUUAUCGCCACCACUAUCCUCACUGACAUAGCCAAUAUGAAGACGUCCACAGGCCUCGGCCAUUCUUUCCUGCUGGUGGUAGUGUUGGCGGUGUCCUGGGCCGCCGCUGCCCCUGCCCCGGACCAGAGGUCUGAACAGGAGCUUCGAGAGUUCCUUAACAGCCGCCCAUUCACGCCUUACCCCUUCAGUUUUCCCCCACGUAGUCACCACUACAACCACUACCCAUACAACUCCUUCCCGUCCUACCACGCUUCGCGGCACGUGGCGGUUGUUGACCCCUACUCGGUGGUGAGCUUCUUGGUGAACAAUGAGCGUUGGGCCGACCAGAACGACAGCGAUGAGUCUGACGAGGAUGACCACGAGCGCAGGAAGCGACAGGCCACGUUCGACUUUGGAAUGCACCGAGGACCCUACGGCAGGGACUACCAUGCCAGUGCAGGCUACAACCGCAACUUCAACAGCGGCAGGACCUCCGUCGGUGUCAAUGCCCACAGGAACUGGGGCAGCGGCGGCAAGUCCCACGGGUUCGGGAUUAGCUUCUCCCACAAGUUCCGUCGCUAAAGGGCACGUCACGGGAAGAGUCUUGGUACAUCACCCUUGGAUGCAGUAUUCUUCCUCCAAGACAGCCCCCUUUCCUCAACACACACACACACACACACACACAAUCAGCUAAUUCACUUACGCCAAACCCCACAAGCAGUGUUAAAAAUUGUGUUCCAAAAAAUCCCCAAAAUUACCUAUCUCUCACAUAACUGUACUUAAUUAAAAAAAACGGAGUGUGUGUGUGUGUGUGUGUGUGUGUGUGUGUGUGUGUGUGUGUGUGUGUGUGUGUUGGCCAUAGUUAACUAGACAGAUAGAUAGAUAAAAUAGAUAGAUAGAUAGGCAGAUAGAUAGAUAAAAAUUGCAGGUUGGUAUAUAUUUAAAAAAGUUGCAGGGUAGUAGCCUUAAGUAUUUUACUGUAUCUUAUAAUGUCUCUGCAUAAUUUGCUUUGACAUUACCCUUGGCCUCUUUUACAUAGAUACAGAGAAAAAGGCAAAAAUAAAAAAAAAGGCGUGUGUGUGUGUGAGAGAGAGAGAGAGAGAAUUGCACACUUUGCCUGGUAUCAUUUUCUGUACUUGGUAAUGUUAAGUUUCUAACAGAAAAUACCAUUUUUUUAUAUAAUUCAAUCACCCAGUUUGUAAAACAUUUCUCCCAUAAUUAUUCUAGAUUUAUAUACAAAUAUUUAUAUCUAUAGUACAUAUUAUAUUUAUAAAUAAAUUUUACGAAACAUCCCCAAA